AAAGAGGCAGCACAAGAGAACGAGUACAGUUUAAUCCUUAAAGUAGAAAGAAGACUAAGGAGGAAAAGAGAGAUUCUAUUAUCAGGUGGCAGCACUAUGUCAAGUUAAGGAGGAGGAAACCGAGAGACAGUUCGAUAUCUCGUAGUGAGUGACGUUCGAGAAUUAGAGUCGACUGUUCAGUCGAUAAGAGAGCAUCAACGAACAGGUGACGACAUCGUUGUCAUACUCGUGAUUUCAUAACACGCCAUUUUCUUUGUGUGAAGUGUUAGGACCAGAAGGAAUACACGUCCUGUUUUCUGUUAAAUUCGAGUCAGUAUGUCAUCCCGUAAGAAAGUACUUUUAAAAGUUAUUAUUCUGGGAGAUUCUGGAGUAGGUAAAACGUCGUUGAUGAAUCAGUAUGUUAAUAAAAAGUUUAGUAAUCAGUACAAAGCUACUAUAGGAGCAGAUUUUCUUACCAAAGAAGUUAUGGUCGAUGAUAGGGUAGUUACUAUGCAGAUUUGGGAUACCGCAGGUCAAGAAAGAUUUCAAUCGUUAGGAGUUGCAUUCUAUAGAGGCGCCGACUGUUGUGUAUUGGUAUUUGAUGUUUCCGCACCAACAAGUUUCAAAUCUUUAGAGUCAUGGAGAGACGAAUUUUUGAUUCAAGCAUCUCCACGAGAUCCAGAUAACUUUCCAUUCGUUGUUCUGGGAAAUAAGGUUGAUUUAGAAUCUAAGUCGGUAUCGAGUAAGAGAGCACAGCAGUGGUGUCAAUCCAAGAACAAUAUUCCAUAUUUUGAAACUAGUGCAAAAGAGGCUAUUAAUGUGGAACAGGCAUUCCAAACGAUAGCUAAAAAUGCUUUAGCUCAAGAAAGUGAGGUUGAACUUUAUAACGAGUUCCCAGACCAAAUUAAACUGACCAAUGACCAAAGAAAUAACGGUAAAGGGGAUUCUUGUGCAUGCUAGGUCGUGGAUCGACAAAAAUUCAUAUAUAAGCAUAUGGAUGCAGAGGUCAGGUCGUACGUUCACGUAUUGGAAUAUAAACACAAUAUUCACAAGUUUUACAAUGAUUUUGAUCAGCUUUUGAGAAGUCUGGGAGCAUAUAUCUCGGUUUUCAUAUCUUACAUAUUCAUUAAUCUCAUCAGUAAUUUUAAGAUGUUUUAUUAAACUUAUUGAGUAAAGCAAUAAAGAUUUGAGAUGGAUAUAUUUUAUAUAGAAUAAAUUCUAAAUGAAGUAUCUUUUUUUAAAUGUUUAAAAAUGCAGAAUGAAUAAUAAGCUCACCGAGAAAUAUUUAUCUGACUUCCUAUUAAAAGAAAAAACAAAAGAAAGAAAAAUAAUCAAGUAAAGAAUAUAUGUUGUGAUUAUAUAUCACGCAUAUUACGUAUUCGACUCUUAAGAUGGGUCUUUUAUCUUUACUCCCAUUUGACCUAUUGAAUGGUACACUCUAAUGGUAUUUUUAAACAUAAUAAUGCUCUCUUUCUUAUUGGUCAUGGCGAAACGUAUGGGCUGUCCUAUAUAUCUGCAUCUCCUAAUGAUUCAUUGUUGAUGUCCUUUGUCAGGACGAUACUAUGAAGUUUUCACAUAAUAAAAAUUCGUUAUUGCGCGAGGAGGUUGACGUAUAGAUCGGGAAUACAGGUUGCGUCAGAUUUUUUAAAUCACGCUAAAGAUUGCCCAUUAAUAAUAUUAAGAACUAUCGCAUUUAGGGAGGAGCCUUGCCAAGUAGCGAAGUUUUGUGAGUAGCUUUUAAGAAUAUCGACCAUUUGCGGCUUCUCGUUUAAAAAAUAUCAAUUUAGUAUUAUUGAUACAUCAAGGAAUAAUAGAAAUAUCAAUACUCAUGUUGCACAUAUUAUCCUUACAUUGAAAUUCGAGAUACAAAGAAUGUGAUAGCGUUUCUAUUUAAUAAUCAUUGAAUUAAGUAGUUCUAUAAUUCCUUUUUUUUUCUUUUUCUUUCUUCAAUUAUAAUUGUAACUUUUAGUCGCAAUAUAUGUAAUAAUUAAUGUCGAAACAACCAAAAAAAAAGAAGAGGUUUUAUUUCAACACAACUACAUCACAAUAUUUAUCGCAACAUCUCAUGGCCCCUCUGUCUAAAAAAGGCUAGUGCGUUUUACCAGGCAAUUCUUUUUAUAAAUGACCCAACAAUUGGAUUCCGCUAGUUUAAUAUACCUCCUACGAUGCGUUUUUAUUUUCAUCUAUUUCGUUAAUCCUUUAAAAGUGUUCUGUUCUUGCAAUGCGUGUGUUUUCAAGCAUUUCAAAAAUUGUAUAAUUAGCAGAAAAAUCACAGAUUGUAAUUUAA